GUGAAUAUGAUGCGAUUUUUACCUCACACAUUUGCGCCAUAUAACCCAGAAUACCAAGGAAGACAAUCCACAAUAUCCACUUUGAACUGGGUUAUUUAAGUCCACACUGCCAUAUAUCCCAGUUCAAAUGUGAGAUAGUAUUCAGCUGUGUGGAAGGGGCCUUCCGUCUCGAGACUUUUUCCCUCAGAAAAGGCCUCUCCGCCUUUAAGCCCAACUAGGCCCAACUGCGGCCUAGCAGAACUGAGUGAGGAACGAAGCCUAGCUUUUCCUGAGAGCAAGGCCUGGGCAGCCAAAAACGCCGGAAGCAGGCAUUGGAGAGGACGCUUUCCUUUGGCUCGUUCUCCGAGGAGUUGGAGUAACAUAACUUGAAGAUGGAAACAAUUAUCCGGACCCAGUGACAUCAGCAAACUAUGCAGACCGGUAUGGUUUUUAAGGAAGUAACUCCCCACGAUCUUCCACCGGGAAUAAAAGCCUAUCUGCAAAAGAGAAGCCUUGGGAUUCAAGCUAAUAUGCUCAAGCCGAGAAGGAGUUUGCCAGUUCAACUGGAAAGGAAUUUAACUGCUUCGGGACCAGAAGGCAAAGGAAAGAAAGAAGAGAAGAAGGAAAGAAGGAUGGAAAGUAAGAACCCUAUUCUGUAAUUCAGGAAGGCACCAUUCGAUCCCUCCCGACGGAUGUUCUUCCAGCCUCUGCUUCAAAACAUUCCACCUCCCAAAACGGAGUCCAGGCCCUACAGCUGGACAAGGUCAUCCAACACAAACCUAUGUCUUUCAUGCAAGAAGGCACCAUCCGAUCGCUCCCAACAGAUGGCCAUCCAGCCUCUCUUUAUAAACCUCCAAAGAAGCAGACGUUGAUUCCGAAAGUUGGGAGUGGUCCCCAAAGGUCAUACAGUCCAUCCUCUCAUUUCUGUCAUUCAGGAAGGCACCAUCCGAUCUCUCCCGACAGAUGGCCAUUAUUAUUAAUAUUAUCAUCAUCAUCAUCCCUCCCGACAGAUGGCCAACCCAACCUCCAAAGAAGCAGAUUCUGAAUCUUAAAGUUGGAAGGAUGACCACCGUUGCCAUAGGAAAGGCCGCGAUUGGCUCUUGAACCCGGAGCCAGAGUUCCGUUGUUGUCGAGGGAACGGAACCGCAUUUCUGUGGUUAACAGACCGGCCAACCAUCUCUCUGCUCAAGCCAUGGCGAAGGAGGCGGUGGAGGACGAGUCGGAGUUCUACUCAAAGGCGGAGCGGUAUUGGAAGGCGGUCCCGGCCACCGUGGACGGCAUGCUGGGCGGCUACGGCCACAUCUCCAGCCUGGACAUCGCCAGCUCCAGGGCCUUCCUCCUCCGCUUCCUCAAGGAGGGUCCGACCCGGACGGGGACCUCCCUGGCGCUGGACUGUGGGGCGGGCAUUGGCCGGAUCUCCAAGCGGCUGCUGCUGCCGCUCUUCCGGGCGGUGGACCUGGUGGACGUGACGGAGGGCUUCCUGGACCAGGCCCGGGCCUUCCUGGGGGAGGACGCCCGCCGCGUCCGGAACUUCUUCUGCUGCGGCCUCCAGGACUUCAGCCCCGAGCCCGGCGCCUACGACCUCAUCUGGAUCCAGUGGGUCAUUGGCCACCUGACGGACGAGCACCUGACGGCCUUCCUGAAGCGCUGUCGGCAGGGCCUGCGCCCCAACGGCCUCAUCGUCAUCAAGGACAACAUGGCGCAGGAGGGGGUGGUGCUGGACGACGUGGACAGCAGCGUGUGCCGCGGCCUGGACGUGGUGCUGGGCCUGGUGCGCCGGGCCGGACUGCGCCUCCUGGCCCAGGAGCAGCAGCAGGGCUUCCCCGACGAGAUCUACCACGUCCACACCCUGGCCAUGAGGUGAGAAGGCCCAGGACAGACACCCCCAGGAACAGACUUUGAGGCAGUCCGGACAUCUGCCAGGACGGUUUAGGCCGAGAUGAGGAAGUAAACAUUGAACACCAGCCGCUGCUGCUACUGUUUGCCUUUUUUGUUGUUUGGUCAAAUAUAUACUUAUGAGUUUGCAGGG